UCUCUUUGAAUCUCUCCUCUACACAAAAUUCGCUUUAUUCAAAUCAUAACUUCACUACUCAUUAUUAGGUUUCAGGAACAAUGGGAAUUCCCUUCUGUUUCCUAUUUCUUUGCAGUGGUUUUGUGUUGUUUUGCCUUUUCAUUGUGUUUUCUGAUGGGUUCUUAUGAUGAGUGAGUCAGAGGGGACAAAAUUCAGCCUAAAUGUCAGGAAGAAUGAGAAAAAUGGAUUCCCAAGGAGACUAGAUUCUAGAAUAUCUAAAUUUUUUGUGCAGAUUCAAAGUGUUGUUAAGUCACGAUUAGCAAAACAGGAUGGAAUGAGAUUGACGAGAUCUGUCAAGAAAAAUGAGAAUAAGUCUUUCAGUUACUCAGAAGCUGAACUGAAUGAACAACUGCAAGCAUGGAGAGAAAAUCCUUCUUGGGUUGAUAAACCACCACUGAUAAAGGUCACUGUUCCCAAAGGUUCUCUUUGCAACCUCAAUGUAGAAGUUGAUGUUGGGCUGCCCCCGGAUGCAGUUUAUAAUAUUGUGACAGAUCCUGACAAUAGAAGAGUCUUCAAAAAUAUCAAAGAAGUGAUAUCCAGAAAAGUUUUGGUUGAUGAGGGUCAUAGGCAAGUGGUUGAUCUUGAUCAAGCAGCCAUUUGGAAAUUUCUUUGGUGGUCUGGGACUAUUUCGAUUAAUGUUUUGGUAGAUCAAAACAGAGAAGACCACUCAAUGAAGUUCAAGCAACCCAAUACUGGAUUCAUGAAAAAAUUUGAGGGCUGCUGGAGGGUAGAGCCUUUAUUUGUUGAUGAAGAAAAAUGCUAUCCCUUUAAGCCCGUGACAAAGGAAGACUAUAAUGCAUGUACAAGAGGCAAAGGAAGAAUUGGAUCUAGAGUUAGCCUGGAACAAAUACUUCAGCCAGCCAUUGUUCCUCCCCCUCCCAUAUCAUGGUAUUUGAGGGGAAUUACUGCCCGGACAUCUGAGAUGCUUAUCAAUGAUCUGCUUGCAGAAACUGCAAGAAUCAGAGGAGGAUAUGAGGCUGAAAAGUCUACGGGAGAGGACCUUCAGGGAAAACCAGGUGAAAAUGUGGACCGGGUUGGUAACACAAGCGACAUUAAAGAAAGAUGGAUGUUACAUAGAAAAAAUGCAAAGCAGAGUCAUAGAAGACUGCUUACCGCUAAGUGAUUUUCCUAUGUUUUGUUUUUUAAGGAAUCUAUCUAGAUUGUUCCAUGUAGUUCAGUUUAAAGGAUUCUAGAGUAUGCAUUUUAUUACACAAAGUUAAAGUCACCAAUUUCAGCUCAUUGCAUGGCAUUUUAGUUGGAUGAUCUUUGUUGAUGGAUCCAAUAUUAUAGCAAUACUGAAAAUAGCAGUUCUUUUCA